CCUCGUUAUCAACUUUACAACCGCAACGAGGGGGAAGGAAAAGAUUCUGAUCGUGAUGUCGCGCUAUUCAAGGCCUCCAAACUCUUCUUUAUACGUCAGAAAUGUUCCAUCAAAUGAGAGGGCAGAGGAUAUGGCAGAGGAAUUGCGUGCAUUGUUUGGUAAAUAUGGACCCCUAACAGAUGUCUAUGUUCCAGUAGACUAUUACACACGGCAACCAAGAGGUUUUGCAUAUGUACAGUUUGAAGAUUCUCGAGAUGCUGAUGAUGCUCUGUACAACUUGGAUAGGACCAGGUUUUUUGGAAUGGAGUUGGAGGUGGAGUUCGCCAGAGGUGAUCGUAAAACACCAAACCAAAUGAGGUCAAAGGACAGGGGUGGUAGAAGAAGUUCACCUUACAGAGACAGUCACUAUGGUGGAGACUAUGACAGAAGACGAGGCCGCCGAAGAUCUAGAAGCAGAAGUCCAAGAUACAGGUCAAGAUCUAGAAGUCCAAGAAGAAAUCGAAGGAGGAGUAGAUCAAGAACACCAGAGAGAAGGAGGAGUAGGACAAGAAGUCCAUAUGAAAGAAGGAGAAGCCGGUCCAGAAGUCCCUAUGAAAGGAGAAGAUCCAGGACAAGAAGCAGAGAAAGAAGGAGAUCACCAUCACGAUCCAGAUCAAGGUCGUAUGAAAGACGAAGAAGUGGCUCAGGAAGAAGAUCAAGGUCAUACAGUCGCUCUGUGUCAAGGUCACCAGGCCGUGGAAAGGAAGAGUCCCCUGCAAGAAACGGUCACAGUCGUAGCAGAAGUCGAAGUCCCCCUCCAAGUGCUGACCAUUAAGAUCUUUGUGGCUUUGAACAAGACUUCUUUUAAUUUUAAAAGAAAGACACUGUGACAUAAACAUGUAUUAUACUGGUGAACAAAUGUUUCAUGUGACAUUAGCAUACAAGAUUUUACUGUUUGGGUUUUUCUUCUCACUUUGAAUGUACUUCGUUGCCAUAAUAAUGAUAAUGAUCAAGCCAG